AGAACUAGAGAAGCGUUCCAACACGGCUGGAGCAAAAAAUAACAAAAAUCAGCUUGCACACUCACACACACACUGGGUAGUUGAAAUUCUCCGCCAAAUCCCCAAUUCUUAAUUCCCAAUUCAUACACUCGAAGAGAGAGAGAAAAAUCGGUACGUCAAAACCUAACGGUCGACGCGUUGAAGUGGAUCAAUUAAAUACGAUUUUCCCUCAAUCAAACUAUUCUUUUCUGUUUACAAUUCAUCAGAAUCGACAAAAUCUUCAUUUCUCUCUUCGAUUUCAUCGCUUUUUGCCCUAAUUUUAUCUAUUUUCCGACAUCAAUUUAUGUUCGAUUGUAUUAAUUGGGUGUUUCCAGCAUUUUGCAUUUAUGAUACUGUAUUGAUCGAAUUCAGAGAUGUUAAUGGAAUGUAAUCAAGAGAUAAUGGAAUUCAAUUGGAUUCAUAGUUGAAGUGAGAGAAAAUGAGUUCGCAGAGGCAGUUGGUGACUGCUCGUGACCUAGUUGAUGAAGCAAAGAAGCGGCUUGUCAUUCUUUCGAUAUGUGUCGUUGGUCUGUCUUAUCUCAUGUCCUUGACAAGCACCUCAGUUUGGGUGAAUCUUCCUGUUGCGGGUGUUCUGGUCAUUCUUUUUCGCUAUUUUUCAUUGGAUUUUGAGAUGCGGCGAAAAGAGGCUAUUUACAAUAGUAGGACUUCUGCAAAUGUAGUGAUUCAGGAGAAGCCUCUUGAUGCUCCUAAAGCUGUUGUCAAGAAGGAUCAAUGGAGAAGGAAAGUCAAUUCCUCUCCUGUGGAGGAUGCAAUUGAUCAGUUGACUAGACAUAUAGUUUCUGAGUGGGUCACAGAUCUUUGGUAUUCCAAACUAACGCCUGACCGGGAUGGUCCAGAAGAACUUGUGCAACUAAUUAAUGGCGUUCUAGGAGAAAUUGCACAUCGCAUGAGGAAUAUAAAUCUCAUUGAUCUUCUGAUGAGGGAUGUAAUUCAUCUGAUCUGCAAGCAUCUGGAGCUUUUUCGUAUAUGUCAAGCAAAGAUUACAAAGAACUUGGCAUCACUUUCUUUUGAUCAACGUGACAUGGAGCUGAAACUGGUCCUCGUUGCUGAAAACAAAUUACAUCCACUUCUAUUCUCUGCUGAGUCUGAACAUAAGGUAUUGCAGCACAUAAUGGAUGGUCUCUUAUCUUUUACUUUCAAGUCUGAAGAUUUGCAGUGUUCUUUCUUCCGUUAUGUUUCUCGGGAGCUUCUUGCUUGUGCAGUAAUUCGACCAGUGUUGAACUUGGCCAACCCAAGGUUUAUCAAUGAAAGAAUUGAACAAGUAGUGAUGUCUGCAAGGAAGGGAAAGGGAGGAGCUGCGACAGCAAAUGAUUCAUCGCUUUCGAAACAAAAUGGAAGUACGUCUGAUGAUUUUUCUCCAUUCCCGGAUCCCUCUGUCACUGGUGUUGAACUUGUUGACUUUAAGGGUAGUCAAUCUAAAAGCUCAGUGGAUAAGCUCACUGGCAAGAAGGUAGAGAGUGAAGUUGCUUCUAAGGAUCCUUUGCUGUCAGUCGAUGCUCGGUCUACUCGUUCCUGGAGUUCUUUUCCCUUAGGCUCUGCAGCUGCUGCUGAUAGUCACGUCGAUCGAUCUACCUCUGGAGGAGAAUGGGGUGAUAUGCUGGAUUAUUUUUCUCGCAGGAAGACAAAGGCCCUUGCACCUGAACAUUUUGAAAGUGUGUGGUCAAAAGGGAGAAAUUACAGUAGUAAAGACACUCAAGCAGCAAAUCAUGUUCAUCAAAGUCCUUCAUCAAGGAGUUCUGAUGCUGUUAAUUCUUCAGUAGUUGUUGCCGAACAGAAAGAAAGCCGACUCAAGAUUGCAUCUGCAGAGAGAGGUGUCAGUCUUCCUGGUUCUAAUAUGAGGCCCCAAUCUGAAACCAUGUGCAUCCUUGCUGAUACAAACACAUUGACUCCUCCUCCACUUACAUCAGAUGAAGAUGCUGAGGAGCACAAACUCAUGGCAUUGGAUGAGACAGAAUCUAUAAGCAGUAGUCAAAACUCCUCAGCUGAUGAAGAAAAUAGAGUAACAGGUCUAGAUUCUCCAACCACCAAAGUAUGGGAUGGUAGAACUAAUAGGAAUUCUGGUGUUUCUCAUAUUCGACAUCCACUUGAGGGCUUAGAGGGCAAGAAGGGAAGAAGGGCUAAGAAAGGGAAGUACCAAAGAUUGCAUAGGCAACAAAGUGGCCGGAAAAGGUCUAGAUUAGGCAGUGAAAAGGCCCCAUUGUGGCAAGAGGUCGAGAGGACAAGCUUUUUACCGGGAGAUGGACAAGAUAUACACCCUUUAAGACCAAUUGUGAAAGAUGAUGGCUCCAGUGAUGAUUAUGACACGGAGAUUAUGGGUAGACUUCAGAGUGGAACUAGUGCUUCUUCAUCUGCUUCAUUGUUACCCGGAAGCUUCACUUCGUCUGUUAACUCCACUCAAUCUACAUUCUUAGGGGAUAAUUUUUUCAAGUUGAGAUGUGAGGUCUUGGGUGCGAAUAUUGUCACAAGUAGCUCUAAAACAUUUGCUGUAUAUUCCAUAUCGGUCACCGAUGCUGAAAGUAACAGUUGGUCGAUAAAAAGAAGAUAUCGACAUUUUGAGGAGCUACAUCGACGUCUAAAGGAAUAUCUGGAGUAUAAUCUUCAUUUACCGCCAAAACAUUUUCUGUCAACUGGCCUUGAUGUGCUCGUAAUUCAAGAACGCUGUGAAUUGCUUGAUCAAUAUUUGAAGAAGCUCAUGCAACUUCCGACGAUUUCAGGAUCGAUUGAUGUGUGGGACUUCUUAAGCAUUGACUCCCAGACGUACACAUUUUCUAGUGCCUUUUCCAUUGUUGAGACAUUGACAGCUAAGCCACAUGAAAACAGUGCCAGCAGGACAGGUCUUGGAGGGCCAAAGAUGAAUCACUUAGAUGCUAAGAGGGAUCAUGCAGACUCUGAAAACAUACAUCAAUCAUCAUGGAUGAAUCAUAGUUCUGGGGAUGGUUUGAAAUGUGAUGUGAACACCACAAAUUCACCUAGAAAAAAGCCUGUAAAAGAGUAUGGGAAAUCUUUGGAGGGUUCUGGUGGAGAUUCGGACAAUUGGAUACAAAAUAAAGACCCUACUACACAGCAUUUUGGAAGAAAACGAAAUGAAAUAGUAGGUGAUAUGCAGCAGAAAUCUGAAUUGCUUCCGGGUUCUGCUGAUAAUCCAAAUUUUCCUGAGGAGUGGGUGCCGCCAAACCUGAGUGGACCCAUAUUGGAUUUGGUAGACGCUGUUUUUCAGCUUCAGGAAGGAGCAUGGAUCAGGCGGAAGGCUUUUUGGGUGGCCAAACAGGUGUUGCAGUUGGGAAUGGGAGAUGCACUUGAUGAUUGGUUAGUUGAGAAGAUUCAGCGUUUACGCUACAGAGGAUCUGUAGUUGCUUCAGGGAUUAAGCGGGUUGAACAGAUACUUUGGCCAGAUGGAAUUUUCAUCACAAAACAUCCCAGUAGACAAAGACCACCUGCUUCUAGUAGCCCAUCUCAGAAUCCAUCUCAUAGUCAGCUUCCGGAUGAGCUAUCAUCAGCCAAGGAGAAGUUUGAGAAAUUUGUUGAGCUUCAAGAGAGGGAGGCUGACAGACGUGCAAAGUUUGUCUAUGAGCAAAUGAUUGAUAAUGCUCCUGCUGCUGUUGUAAGCAUUGUUGGACGUAAGGAAUAUGAACAGUGUGCCCAGGAUCUGUACUACUUUCUCCAGUCAUCUGUAUGUCUGAAGCAGCUUGUGAUGGAGCUCCUUCAACUUGUGCUUUUGUAUGCAUUCCCAGAGCUGGAUCAUGUUUUUAAGCAGCUAAAUGAAGAAAAACACAAGUUUGGAGAAUUCAAGGCUACUUGAUGUUUUGGAAUGUUUUGGAAAAUUUUGCACCACAUUUAUGUAAAUUUCUACCCAAAAUCCCACCACCUUACAAGAUUAUACUUAGCCCUUUUGCAAGGUCCAUCAUAUCUGUAAUUAUGUAAUUUUGGUCAUUAUAAAGUGAGUCGUAAUAUCAUUGGUUUGGACUUGCUCAUUUCUGUAAAUUUUGAGGGUGUUUCAUACAAACCACAUUGUUUUUCCAUUUGCAACCCCCCCCCCCUUUCCCCCCACCUCUUCCCAAGCAAUGUAAGUUUAAGCCUCUGAUCAUGGCACUCAUGAGUGUAAUGAAAAUUUCGAGAACGUUACAGAUACGA